AUGACUUACUACGCUUCUCCCGCUGCCGCAAACUACUACACACCCCCUCCUCACGUGGUUAGACAAAGGGCUACUCGGAUGUGCGAUCAAUGUGGCGCCAUCGAGCAACCCGCCAUCAAGCAGUUUCGUCUUUGCGGUGGCUGCAUGACCACCAACUACUGUUCACAAGAAUGCCAGAAGAUCCACUGGCCAUCUCACAAAGCCAUCUGCAAACAUACCGUCGCACAAGUAGCUGCUAUGAAGCAGCAGCCGAGAUCUGUCGACUAUGGCGAUCAGAACCUCUCUAAGAUGCUCCGCAAGUUCACCUCUUUCCACCAAAACCUUCUCCAAUGGUGUGGCUUCCAGGCGCUCCAGCUCAAGCGCCUACCUUCAAACAUCCGGCAAAACGCGCUCCUCAUAGAGCUCACCUAUCGACCGACAGGAGACUCUCACCGACAGUUCGCUGUCAGCGGGACGCAUAUCGUACCCAGAACCUUUGUCACGAGCCAGGACCCCCUUGUCGCCGCUGACAUCCAACGCCGUGAAGAUCGCUGCAGACGAAAUGGUGGCAUUGGCUGCUGCGUCGUUCUCAUUCAGUGCGACGGCAUCAACCAGGUCAUGCCCGUCGAAGUAGAUCCUCCGGCAUCGAUCGCUUGGGACAUCCGUGAUGACUGGGAAGACGUGCUCGAGCACUUUGUUGACUCCGGCCGACCAGACUUCAAGCCGAUAUGCACGACUCCCAUGGGGUGA